CCAGGAGUCUUUUUAAAAAAGAUCGUAUAAGAAAUUGUUUUGCCCAAGCAUUCCAACCUAAUCUUAUGUCUUAUGUUUGAGCAACUCACUGGGUCCAUAUCCAGAAUGGAGACUUGGAAGGUGUUUUGGGAGUUCAUCUUUCUGUCAGCUAGUUUUGGCUUCAUCAAGUCACAGAGAAUUGUCUGCAGGGAGGCUUCUGUGGGAGAUGUCGUGUUUCUAGUGGACGCCAACAUCAACCCCCAACACACCCGCAGCGUGCGGAACUUCUUGCACAUCAUGGUAAACAGCUUCAAUGUCAGCAAAGACGCCAUCCGCGUGGGGCUGGCUCAGUACGGCGACGUGCCCCAUUCCGAGUUCCUACUUUCCACCUACCCCCGCAAAGGCGAUGUGUGGAAACACAUUCAAAGGAUUCAGUUUAGGCCUGGGGGCCGCAGGUUGGGCCUGGCCCUGCAGUUCCUUCUAGAUGAGCACUUCCAGGCAACAGCGGGGAGUCGGGCGAGCCAGGGCGUGCCUCAGGCGGCCGUGGUGAUCAGCAGCGGCCCCGCGGAGGACCGCGCGCAGGACGCCGCCGGGGCCCUGAAGAGGGCGGGCGUCCGACUCUACACCGUUGGUGUCAAAGACGCAGUUUUGGCGGAGCUCAAGGAGCUUGCGAGCAGCCCGGAGGAGAAGUUCGCCUCUUUUGUUCCCAACUUCUCCGAUCUGGGCAGUCAUGCUCAGAAGCUGCGGCAACAGCUCUGCGACACUUUGGCAAAGGCGACUCAACCUGUUGACAACGUCUUUCCAGCUUGCAAAGAGGCAGUCCUGGCAGACAUUGUCUUCCUAGUAGACAGCUCAACCAGCAUUGGACCCCAGAACUUCCAGAAAGUGAAGAACUUCCUUUACUCUGUCGUCUUGGGGCUUGACAUCAGCAGUGACCAGGUCCGAGUGGGACUUGCUCAGUAUAAUGACAAUAUCUACCCAGCCUUUCAGCUGAACCAGUACCCUCUGAAGAGUGUGGUCCUGGAGCAGAUCCAGAAUCUUCCCUACCGUACAGGAGACACAAACACAGGGAGUGCCCUGGAGUUUAUCAGGAUGCACUACUUGACUGAGGCAGCUGGCAGCCGGGCCAAGAACAGGGUUCCUCAGAUAGUUAUCCUGUUGACAGAUGGGGAGUCAAAUGAUGAAGUCCAGGAGGCAGCUAACAAGUUAAAAGAAGAUGGAGUGGUUGUUUAUGUGGUAGGGGUCAAUGUCCAGGACAUCCAGGAAUUGCAAAAAAUAGCCAGUGAGCCAUUUGAGAAGUAUCUCUUCAACAUUGAAAACUUCAACACCCUUCAGGAUUUCUCAGGAGGCAUUCUUCAGACUCUGUGCUCAGCAGUGGAGGGUAAGAUAAAAGAAUUCACCCAGGCUUAUGCAGAUGUGGUCUUUCUUGCUGACACCUCCCAGGGCACAUCACCGGCCAGUUUCCAGUGGAUGCAAAAUUUCAUCUCCAGGGUGGUUGGCCUGCUGGAUGUUGGCAGGGACAAGUACCAGAUUGGGUUGGCUCAGUACGGUGGUCAAGGUCACACGGAAUUUUUGCUCAAUACCUACCAGACCCGGGAUGAGAUGAUUGUUCACAUCCGUGACCACUUUUUGCUCCGGGGUGGCUCCAGGAGAACGGGCAAAGCUCUGCGAUACCUUCAUCAGACCUUCUUCCAGGAGGCAGCGGGAAGCCGGUUUCUCCAGGGUGUUCCCCAGUAUGCAGUGGUCAUGACCUCAGGCAAAUCCGAGGAUGAGUUCUGGGAUGCCGCACAGACAUUGAGGGAGCGAGGCGUGAAAGUCAUGUCUGUGGGUGUACAGGACUUUGACAGACAAGAACUGGAGGGGAUGGCAACUCCACCCCUUGUAUAUGAGAUGCAAGGACAAGAUGGAGUCAGACAGUUGAUGCAGGAUGUGGGUGUGGUGAUCCAAGGGACCGGGCAACCCGGGUUCAGGAUUGCGUCUGAGAAAGAACCUGUAGUAGUAUGUCCGACGGCUAUCCCAACUGAUUUGGUCUUUCUCAUUGAAGAAUUCAGCUGGGAUAGGCAAUCAAAUUUCCAACAAGUUGUCAACUUCUUAAAGAGCACUGUAAGCUCUCUAAAUGUACAUCCAGAUGGUGUGAGAAUUGGCUUGGUCUUUUACAGUGAGGAACCACGACUGGAGUUUUCCCUGGAUGCAUUUCAGAACCCAGCCAGUAUCUUGGAGUAUCUGGACAGAUUAACCUACCGAAGAAGAAGUGGAAGGACCAAGACUGGAGCUGCUUUGGAUUUCCUAAGGAAUGAGGUUUUCAUUGAGGAGAGGGGCAGCCGGUCCAAGCAUGGUGUGCAGCAGAUGGCCGUGGUCAUCACGGAAGGCUUCUCCCAAGACCAGUUGUCCAAGUCAGCUUCCCUCCUCCGCAGGGCAGGGGUUACCAUCUAUGCAGUGGGCACCCACCUUGCCUCAGAGAGUAAGGACCUGGAGAAUAUAGCAUCAUAUCCUCCUUGGAAGCAUGUCAUCUCACUGGAAUCCUUUCUGCAACUCUCUGUUGUGGGAAACAAGAUUAAGAACCAACUCUGCCCUGAGACCUUGGACAGAAGUGUUUCCAUUUCUGGGAUGGACCAGGCUCCACAAGAAGACUGUGUGCACAUUGAGAAGGCCGAUAUUUACUUCCUUGUCGAUGGGUCUAGCAGCAUCAACCAUGACAAUUUUCUCGAAAUGAAGGUGUUCAUGAAUGAGGUGAUAAAGAGGUUCCAAAUUGGGCCUGACAGAGUACGGUUUGGAGUCGUUCAAUACUCGGAUGGAAUUGAUAUUCACUUUAUCCUCAGCCAGUAUUCCAGUGUGGCAGGGCUGAAGGCAGCCAUUGAUGACAUCCAGCAGAGGAAAGGUGGCACCAUGACCGGUGAGGCCUUGAGCAGCAUGGCUCAGGUCUUUGUGAACACCACUCGCAGGGAUGUGCCUUGGUAUCUCAUAAUCAUCACUGACGGUAAAUCCGAGGACCCGGUGGCUGAGCCUGCAGAGGCACUGAGGAGAGAAGGAGUCAUCAUUUAUGCUAUUGGAGUCAAAAAUGCUAAUGUUAUGGAGCUCAAGGAGAUAGCUAUAGACAAGACGUUUUUCACGCCUGAGUUUGAUUCCUUGAAGGCCAUCCAACGAGAUGUGGUACAGGACAUCUGCUCCUCAGAGACCUGUAAGAAUAGGCAAGCUGAUAUCAUCUUCCUCAUGGACGGUUCGGAAUCCAUCUCCCCAGAAGACUUUGAAAAGAUGAAGGGAUUCGUGAAGAGGAUGGUGAACCAAGCUGAUAUUAGUACUGAUGAGAUUCAGAUCGGCCUUUUGCAGUUCAGCUCAACCCCCCAGGAAGAAUUCAGGCUUGACCAAUACUCCUCAAAGGUGGACAUCCACAGAGCCAUCACAAAUGUUCAGCAGAUGAAUGAUGGCACCCGCACUGGGAAAGCCCUGAAUUUCACUCGGCCUUUUUUUGACAGUUCAAGAGGAGGGAGACCCAAUGUUCAACAGCAUUUGAUUGUGAUCACUGAUGGGGUUGCCCAGGAUGAUGUAGUCAUGCCAGCCAAGGCUCUCAGGGAUAGGAACAUCGUUAUUUUUGCCAUUGGGGUGGGAGAAGCCAAAAAUGCUCAGCUUUUGCAGAUUACUGAUGACCCACAGAAAGUGUACUAUGAAGAGAAUUUUGAGUCCCUGCAGAACUUGGAGAAGAAAAUUCUUCUUAAGGUCUGCAUUCCACAAGGAUGCAACAUAGAUUUGUCUGUAGGACUUGAUAUUUCCACUCCCAGAAGUCCAGUUCAGCAGAAGCUUCAACGGUUACUGCCAGAGGUGAUGCAACAGUUGGCCUUGCUUUCCAACAUCAGCUGUAGUGCUGGUGGUGGCCUCAACUUGAUGUUCCGCUUCUUGGUCCCUGGCUCAAACGGCCAGCUUAUCUUUGACUCAGGCUUUAAAAAGUAUAGUGAUGAUAUUAUUCAGACAUUCUUAAUUCAUCAGACUGCCACGAGCAACUAUAUGGAUGCGGAAUUUUUGCAGUCCCUGGGAGAUCAUGCUAUCCAACUGUCUUCUGCUAAUGUGAAGGUCCUUUUAGUGUUUACAGAUGGACUGGAUGAUAAUUUCCAGAGACUGAAGUUAACAUCUGAGCUUCUCCGCAGCAAAGGAUUAUCUGGGCUCCUCUUUGUUGGCCUGGAAGGUGUGCAUAAAUUAGAAGAGCUCCAGGAGCUAGAAUUUGGUAGAGGAUUCAUAUACAAUCAACCCCUGAGCAUCACACUGCAAUCCCUCCCAAGCAUCUUACUGAAGCAACUUGACACAAUUGUGGAGAGAAGAUGCUGCAAUAUAUAUAUGAAGUGUUUUGGAAAAGAUGGGUACCAGGGUGAUGGUGGGAACCCUGGGAGCAAGGGAAAGCCUGGUGUUGAUGGAUUACCUGGCCAUCCUGGUGAAGAAGGUGGACAUGGAGAAAGAGGCCCCCAAGGCCCUCCUGGACCCCGAGGUGAGGAAGGAUGCCGAGGUGUGGGAGGACCUAAGGGAGCAAGAGGAUUUUCAGGAGAAAAGGGAAGCCCUGGUGAUGAAGGUGUUGAUGGCUUGGUUGGGGAACAGGGUAAUCGUGGAGCCCCGGGGUCAUCUGGAGAAAAAGGAAAUAGGGGAAAUCGGGGCUUGCCGGGACCACCUGGACCUCCUGGAGAGCACGGAGAGCCUGGGUUAAGGGGAGACCCUGGGGAUCCUGGAGCAGAUAGUUACAUCCAAGGCCCUAAGGGAGAAAAAGGAAGGCGUGGACAUCAGGGACAUUCUAGUUUCGAUGGACCUCCGGGAGAACCUGGAAAUGUUGGUCCUCAGGGGUCAAGAGGAAGACGAGGUGUGCCAGGGCUGAAGGGUGUGCGUGGAGAAUCCGGUGAACAGGGUUACCAAGGAGAGCUUGGAUACCAAGGCUCACAGGGACUGAGAGGAAGGCAAGGACCACCAGGAAAUUCUGGACAAAGAGGCUUACCGGGUGUUGAGGGGAUUGCUGGGCCUCCCGGACCAAUUGGUUCCAAAGGAAAAGCUGGACCAACAGGAAUGAAGGGGGAUGUUGGUGAUGUAGGAGCCACAGGCCCGCGGGGUCCACAAGGACUAAGAGGGCAACCUGGCCUUUUAGGUACAGAUGGAUAUGGACUUCCAGGAAGAAAAGGAAGAAAGGGUGAACCUGGAUUUCCUGGCUCUCCUGGUGCACAAGGAGAAGAUGGUGACCGGGGCCACCGAGGAGAGAAGGGGGCAAAGGGAAUCAGAGGGCAGAGGGGUAAUGCUGGCUUUCCUGGACUUACUGGAACUCCAGGUGACCAAGGCCCUCCAGGACCAGUGGGCAUCAAGGGCCCCAAAGGUUUGGCAGAUAUGACGCCUUGUGAAAUCAUUGCUGUCAUACAAGAAAACUGCCCUUGUUCAACAGGUGUUUCCAAAUGCCCAGCAGUCCCUAGCGAAGUGGUCUUUGCCUUGGACAUGUCAAAUGACGUCUCCCAGUCGGAUUUCGAGAGGAUGAGAAACAUUCUAUUAUCUCUGUUGAAGAGGAUGGACAUAAGUGAGAGUAACUGCCCAACGGGUGCCAGAGUGGCCGUCGUUUCGUACAACGCCAAAACAGACUACCUGAUUCGCUUCUCAGACCACAAGUGGAAGCCCGCGCUCCUGCAGGCGGUCAGGACAAUCCCGCUGCAAGGGUCGUCAGGCAGCAGGAACCUCGGGGAGGCCAUGAGGUUUGUGGCAAGACAUGUAUUCAAACGUGUGCGCUCCGGCCUGCUCGUGAGGAAAGUGGCUGUGUUCUUCCAGGCGGGCCGGGCUGGCGAUCCGGAUGCCUUCAGCACUGCCACUCUGGAGCUCAGCGCGCUGGACAUCACCUCUGCGAUCGUCACCUUCACAGAGGAUCACAACCUCCCGAACGCCCUGCUGAUGGAUGGAACCAACAGAUUUCACCUGCUCGUCUGGGAGACCGAGAGGCAGCAGGAUCUGGAGCACAUGGCCCACUGCACUCUCUGCUACGACAAGUGCAGACCAGACCCGGAGUGUGAGCAGAGCGCGCCCGGACCCCUGGCAGGGGACAUGGACGUGGCAUUCGUGGUGGACAGCUCCCACAGCGUUGGUGCUGACGUGUACCGCACCGCCCUGAGUCUAGUGGAUGCCGCGCUGGACGACCUGGAGGUGGUGGCGCAGCCGAGCGUGUUCCCCCGUGGGGCGCGCGCUGCGCUGGUGAUGCAUACAACUCCAGACUUCCGGCCGGGUGCGGGGCGCCCCCCUGUGCUGGAGGGCUUCCACCUGACCUCCUACGGCCAAAAGAUACAGAUGCGGAGGUUCCUCCGCGAGGCUUCUAGCCGCCCUCUGCGGGGAGCUCCGGCCCUGGGACACGCCCUGGAGUGGAUGCUGGAGAAGGUGCUCCUGGCAGCCCCUCUGCCCCGGCCGGUGCGGGUCCUCUUCGCCAUCGUUGCCAGUGAGACCAGCAGCUGGGACAAGGAGAAGCUGAGGGCUCUGUCUCUGGAGGCCAAGUGCAAGGGCAUCACUCUGUUUGUGCUGGCCUUGGGCCCGGGUGUGGGUACCCAGGAGCUGGCCGAGCUGGAGGGUGUGGCCAGCCUCCCCACUGAGCAGCACCUGCUGCAUCUGGAGGGAAUCUCAGGCCAGGAAGUAGCCUAUGCCCAGGGAUUCACACGGGCCUUCCUGAACCUUCUAAAAAGUGGAAUAAACCAGUACCCAUCCCCCGAGCUCAUUGAGAAAUGUGGGGGUCCAAACCGAGGGGACACUUUGCUGCAACAAUUUAGGCCUAUCAGGAGGUUGCCCAAGCGCCAGUUUGGCCCACCUGGCUUUGCGGAUGAGCUGGAAGCACUUGAAGGGACAGACGUUUUGCUAGAGGAGAAGAGAAAAGCCACAAUGAAAUCUGUAACUCGGCAAGAAACCCUUGAAAAUUAUGAAAAGAAUGGAUAUGGUGCUGGGGGAAAUGGACAAGAAAGGGCUGCCAUACGAAAACAAACCGGGAAAGAAAGAAAUUCAGGCACUGCCUAUGGUCCUUGUUCCAUGGAUCCCAUGGCAGGGGAGUGCCAGGAUUACACCCUGAAAUGGUACUAUGACAAGGAGAAGCAGGCCUGCCGACAGUUCUGGUAUGGCAGCUGCGGGGGCAACGCGAACCGGUUUGAAACCAAGGAAGAGUGUGAGGCUCAGUGUGUCCGAACACGCCUGUAGGGCAGAACCUCAUUACGGCUGCUUCUGUUUUCAUAGCCGAUGAAAACGAUUUGUACCUUUCCUGAGACAGUGCCGUACAGCUCAUCAAUUAUGUAGCUCACUCUACGUCUCAUAGGUCGGAUUCCUAACCCCCUGAAUUUUUUCCUCCCAGCAAGGACUUGGGCCAGAUGAUUUGUGACUUGAGAAGGACGGCAUUCUAGUAGCUAAAAGAGUAAAUGAAACUUUGCUGCAGGUUUUUAAAGGACUUAGAACUGAAUGAAAAAGAAACAACUUGAACUAUAAUGUUACUUAAAAUUUUUUUUUCGGCUCUGGAGCCAAAGAAAACUCAAUGUAAGCGGUGAGUGAAACUUAAUUCGGAAAUGAGUUGAAACUUGAAUUUUUGUUUAUCACUAGAGAAUAUGGAAGUCUUAGUCAAAGCGGGGGUCUGGAAAUUUUUAAUGUGAUAUUU